GGAAAACCCAUCUAUACCUACCUCAUAACAAAAAGUGGGAUUUUUUGGUGUAAUUUUGGGAAACAAUUGGUUAUAUUUUAAGUUAAUUCUCGUUUGCAUGUUCCUAAAACCACAUAAUCUCGGCAGUGGGUCUUUUAAUAUUCUAGUUUGGUUUCAAAACUUAAACAAAAGAAUGGAUAUAAAAUUACAGAAGCUGCUUUUUGGACUGGUGUUAAUAGUUAUGGUGAAAUUAAGUCAUGAAAAAGUGUCUCUAUGUAAUUCCAAGUUGUUAAAUGAAUGUUUUUGUGGACAUUCGUUUAUAGAUACACAAAGCAUGUUUGUUGUAAACUGCACAAAUACACAUUUUACUUCAACAGAAAUGUUGCAAGAACUUCCAGAGGAGACCAACAUGUUGAUAUUUACAGGAAACCAUAUACCCACCUUGCCAAUGAACGUUUUUGGCACAGCUUUAGACUUAAGUGCAUUAAAAAUUAUUGACAUGAGCAACAAUGGCAUAACAGAUGUCAAAGGAAAAGCAUUUCACCACGUUGAAAAUGUUGAAAGAUUAAUUUUAAAUCAUAACAAUAUUUCUAUAAGCAGCAAUUUAGAUAUCAAUUAUCAUCACCCCAGGGUUUUUUCUAAUUUUGUUAACCUUGAAGAGCUACAUUUAACUAAUGCUUUUGCUGAUAAUACUGAUGCAGCCCUUGCUGAUGACUUGCAUGAUAUAUUUGUCAAUAGUAAUUUAACAAAGCUAUAUAAACUGCAUUUAGAACAGAAUGAAAUUAAGUAUUUUAAAGAUGAGAAUGUUUUUUGUGACCUACCAAACUUACAUGAUGUAUAUUUGGGUCAAAAUAGAAUUCCAAGUUUAAAUUUUAACUUAAAUUGUCUUAAAAAGUUGAGAUAUUUGGACUUGGAAAGCAAUAACAUAACAAGGUUUUCACAGAGGGACUUGGAUGCUUUUGAGAGAUUAGCUGAACCCUUUAGACCCCAAAACCUGAUAUUAGACAUUGAACAUAAUCCUUUCAAAUGUGAUUCAGCUGUUAAAAAUCUGUACAACUGGUUACACAAAACAAAAGUUGAAGUCAGAAAUCUAGAAAGAUUAGAGUGUCAUCAAUCAAAAUAUGGUACAAAAUACAUUAUGAAUUUAAAAAACUUGGCUGAAGCCAAGCAUGCUACAAUAUCACGCUCUUUAACAGUAUUAUUAGUUGUAUUAGUGUUAGUUUUGAUUACUUUAUUAGCUGCAUAUGCUUAUUUAAAGAAGGAUUCUGUUAGAAAUAAAUUAAGUCCAAUAUUUGACGCAGUUUCUAGAAAAGUACACUACACAACCAUCGAAUCUCAGGAGGUUUAGCUUUUUUCGUUUUUGAAUGUGAUACCUACAUUAAAGGGGAAUACCCCUGUGAGUUGUUUAUAAGUAAAUGUAAAUGUAUAUCUGAACCCCCAGAGCCAAACUCUAUCCACUUUUGUCAAAAGUGACAUUUUUCAUGUUUUUCCCCGCUCUUUCCAAUGGUAAACCGAACUAAGCACUGGCCUACUUAGUUUUUAAUAUAGCAGUGUAAAAAUGAUAUAAAGUCCACACCUCGCUUAUGGCCAUAUAUAUUUUUGGUUCUAAUAAAUUUAAAGUUUAAGUGGUCCCAUAAUACUGUUUAGAACGGCAAGAUUAAACUAUAAUAAUAUUAAUUCCAAUGUUUGUGGGACUUAUUAAUUAUUUUAGUGCCAUAUAAUGUCCAGUUGUAAAGUAAGAAGAACCCCUGUUCAAUUUUGGUAUUAAUUCACCUAAUUAUUGAGUCCAUCAUAUAGCUUUUGCUCUCCUGAACAAUUUUAAAAGCGUGACAAUACAGUCUGAUUCCGAGGUACAGAUAUUUGAACUAGUACUGUAAAAUUAAAAGCUGAUAUGUUAUCUGUGCUAAGCAAAAGGGUGGUAACUGCAUUAUAAUGUAUUAUCUAAUAUUUUAGAUAGCUUUUGAGUCUACAGAUCUAUAUAUUUAUAAAUAUAUAUAUUUAUAUAUAACUUAUUCAUUAGAAGUUUAUGGAUUUGAAAUUUGUAUAGAAAUUAUAAGCCACUAUUUUUUAAAACCGGUUAAACCGGAAGUGAUAUCAACUUUGGUUUUUCAAAUGGAACAAUAUAAAUAUUAUUGCAUUUUUGAAUUCUACGUAAAAUUCUAAAAACACUAAAAUUUGAAUAGGUAUUUCUUUUUAUUUUUAACAGUUUUUGAGAUAUUUUUUUUUUUAAAUUUUGACAGAUGUUUAUUUUAUGUGUACCUGUUAAAUAACUAGCACUCUAUCGAAAGCCAAAUAGUAUUUGAAAAUUUUAUACAGAUUGUCUGGUAUUAACGUUGUCUUUUCUGUCACUUUAAAUACCAAUAACUUCAUAAAUACGAAAUAAAAGACAAUCCAUCGCACACUACUCAUAUUAGAAAUAAAAAAAAUAGGCGGUUUUUUCACAUUUUUUGUAAUAUAGGUAUCUGUAAAUAUUCAUUUUAGGUAUAGGGAAUGCUGCAGCUUUUCAAUAGAACACAUUAUUUCGAAUGAUGUGAAAAUUGUAUGGCAGCCCUGUUAAAAAUCACCCAUAAAGACCAAUAGAAAAGCUAUUGGGAUUUUCCAGCGGUAGCUCUAUUGGUUUGAAUUGGUCUCAAUAGUGGUAUCUGUACCUUGAAUCACCAAUUCAAACCAAUAGCGACACCGCUGGAAAAUCCCAAUACAGACCGAUAGAGACUAAUCGAAUUUCCCAAUAGAGAAUGAUAGAGGUGAAUUAAAUGUUAAUGGUAAUUCCCAAUAGAAGAGCUAUUUGGAUUUUCCAAAGGUACCGCUAUUGGUUUGAAUUGGUCCCCACUAUCCAUUUUAGACGUCUUUAAGGUAAAAAAUUACGUGUUUUGAUGGUUAAAUAAUUUAUCAAAAUUAGUGCUGUUUAACAUUUAAUUUAAAUUUUAUAAAUAGCUUCUUCUAAAAGUAAGUAGUACCAGUACGGAAAUUACCAAUAGAAACCAAUGCUCAUUCUGUUGAGAAACCAAUAGGCCCAAUAAAGACCAAUUCAUUCCAUUCAGAUUUUGUAUUGGUUUCUAUUGGUCUCUAUGGGUGAUUUUUAACAGGGAGUUUCAUUUGAAAUAAGAAUGUUAUUGGUACCUAUUUAAAGUUACAAAAAAGUUAACAUAAACACCAGACACCCUGUAUAAAAUUAAAUACUAUUAAUGGCUUCCCUGCUUAAAAUACCCCAUAUAUGGUCAGGGUCUCUAUAGAGACCCUGUUCAAACCGAUAGAUAUUCGUAUCGGAAUGUAUGGUGUUUCUAUAUACGGUGUAUCGGUAUGUAUAGCACCCAUAGUUGGGAUUUAUGGUUGUUCUAUAGGAAUAUCCACCAUUGAUUUAUUUGCUAUUGGUUUCAAUGGGGAAAAUACACAUAAAUUUAAAAAUUAGUUUUUCCCCAUAGGACCCCAUAGGUUUUAAUAAAAUUUUGUCAAAUGUUUUAUGGUUGCUCUAUAGGGAUAUCCCUAUAUAUUCUUCAUUGAGUUAUUUGCUAUCGGUCUCAAUGGGGAAAAUGUAAAAGUUAUGGUGUGCCUAUAGGUAAUUUUCCAUACAUUUUCUAUCGGGCCGUACCCUGCUUAAAAUACCCCAUAGAGACCUAUACAAAAUAAUCUAUCGGGCGCUACCGGAUUCAAUAUGUGCAUUUGUCCAUGGUCCGCUACCGGAUACGGCCCGAUAGAAAAUGUAUAGGAAAUUACCCAUAGGCACACCAUAACAUUUAAAUUUUCCCUAUUGAGACCGAUAGAAAAUAACUCAAUGAAGGAUAUAUCGGUUUGAACAGGAUCUCUAUGGGGUAUUUUAAGCAGGGUAUCCGGAAAAAACCAUGGACAAAUGCACAUAUUGAAUCCGGUAGCGCCCGAUAGAUUAUUUUGUAUAGGAUCUCUAUGGGGUAUUUUAAGCAGGGUAUCCGGAAAAAACCAUGGACAAAUGCACAUAUUGAAUCCGGUAGCGCCCGAUAGAUUAUUUUGUAUAGGUCUCCUUAUAAGGAGCAUUCUAUCGAAACCCUGCUAAGUUAACAGGUACACCAAAAAUUAAAUGUUUAACAUUACAAUUAGUGGCAAUACAGACAUAUUAGUAAGACCAUCAAUCUGUCAAAUUUUAAAAAAAAUUAAAUAUCUCAAAAACUGUAAAAAAUAAACAGAAUAUUAAAAUUUUUGGUAUUUUACGUAGAAUUCAAAAAAGCAAUAUUUAUAUGGUUCAAUUUGAAACACUACCACUAUGUAAAAGUCACAUUUCGUAAUGGCAUCGUUGCUUAAAAAAUGAAUCUUUUCAUUGGCAAGGCAAAACACGAAUGUAAAGUGACAUUUCUGUGUGAAAAGUGAUAGAUCUGUGUGAAAAGAAAUUGACAGCAUCGUUUGACAUUCGUUUCAAAAUUUGUAUACAGGGUGUCCCAAAACUCAACGAUAUCCUUUGGAGGACUGAUAUACCAACUCAUGACUAAGCAGAAAAUCAAAAUAUGACCUUGGUAAAAAAUCGUUAGUUUUUGAGAUAUAGUAAUUAAGGUCAUGUUUUGAUAUUCUGAUUAGUCCUGAGCUGACCUAUUAGUCCUUCAAUGUAUGUCUAAAGAUUAUUUAGAACACAAUUAAUUGUGUUUGUAUAAUAAAUUCUAAUUUUUAGUGCCUUUAUUUAAAUUGGGAAGGUAAGUUUAUUGAUUUUAAGUAAAUUAUAUCUUAAAAAUUAAAAGAAUAAGAUGAAAGUAAAUUUAACAGCUGUCAAACACGUUUUUAGUUUUUUUGUUCUGUAUUUGAAAAUAAUAAAAAAAAGUGUCGUAGAAGAAAUAUUGUGUUUCACUUGUGAGAAAAGCUUUCUUUAAGCUCGUGUUAAUGCACACUCGGCCUGACGGCCUCAUGAGCAACUUUUCAACACUUGUAAAACAAAUAACUAUUGUUAUUGUUAUACAAAUUUUAAAUCGAUAUCUUUUUCCGUUCUCCAUAAACUUCUAGACUCACCCUUGUAAAAUCUUUAUUUAUUGUGCGAUUUUAACCGGAUUUGUUUUAAACUGUAGAUAUUAAUAAACUGUAUUUUUGAAGCAAAUUACAAGGAAUAGUACCAUGUUAUUAUUAGUUUAAUUUUAUUUCAAUGUUUUUUUCAUGGAUAACUUGACAAAAUAAAUUUUUAAAGAUAUUUUUGUGCAUUUUUUUUCUUAAAAUGUUUCAAUAAAUUUUAGUAUAGGAUAGUAUUGAGGGGUGGUAAAUCCAGUGCCGUGCUUAGAUUUUGUUUAAAAAAAUCGCUAAUAUAUAUGAAUUCUUAAAAGUUUACUCUUAAAAACUGACAUAGUAGGCCUUGUAUUUUGUACUAAUAUGGCGUCUUUUAAUCCAAAAAUACAGUUUAUCAAGAUCUACACUUAUAAACAAAUCUGGUUAAAAUCGCACAAUAAAUAAAGAUUUUACAGGGGUGAGUUGCAAACAAAUGGGUCACACUGUAUAUAUAUAUAUAUAUAUAUAUAUAUAUAUAUAUAUAUUAAAUCACGUUAUAAAUAAAAAAAAACAGGACUUCAACCUCUUUUUCAUGAAAAUAGUGGAAUAAUUUAGGCAAAAACUAUGCACUGUAAUUUAAAAAAAAUGGACUUAUAGUUUGGCUCUGCGGUACAGAUAUACCUAUAUAUAUUGACAUAAUCGCAGGGACAUAUUGAUGAAUUCUUAUGAAUAAUUAUUAUUAGUAGUAGUAAGAUAUCUAUAUUUCUAAUUUAUUGAAUUUUAUGAUUGGUUCAAACGCGGUAGCCUCAAAAAGUAUUUUCCAUCUACCUGAUAAGUCUAAAUUAUUUUUAUGUGCCUAGUUCAUAAUCAAUCAAUUUAGUGUUGAGUCUUGACAACAAUAGAGUUAAAUUUAUAGACCGAUUGAACUUCAAUCAUUAAAUAUAAAAAAAUUAAUGACCUUAAAAGUAUACAUGGCGGUCUGAAAAUGGCGAACUUACGGUAUUCCACGCUGUAGGGGAAAUUAUUUUAAAAUAUAAAUAUAAUAAACAUGGAACAUUUUAGACGAUGUAUCACACAUCUACGAACAACUACCUAUAUAGGUAGCUCAAAAAAUAUGAAUAACAAAAAUAAAAUUCAAUUUUAAAAACUAAUAGUCGGAAAAAAGUAUUUAAUAUUUUUAUAAUUAAAAUAGUCCAUCACGUUGUAUGGCGUUAGUGCGCAAUUUUCGAGGCACCCUGUAUAAUUCGGUAACAGCUUUCCCUUUGAAUUGGAAAUAAGUACCUAAAUGUAAAACCUCACAAUGGAAUUAAAAAACUACCUUAGUUUUUUAAUUUAGAUUCGUAAAAAUUAUCAAUUUGUUGAUGCCAAAUUUAUUAAUAUUUAAAAAAAAAUACUGUAAAUUACUUUAAUUAGUCUAGUCUUUAUGAUGUAAUAUCUAGAUGUUUUUAUAAUUUUUUUAUUAAUUGUUGACUAUUAAUAUUUAAAUAUUUUUAAUGAAAAAUGUGUGCUUAAAUUAUCCAAAUUUAUUAAAAGAUUUGUAAAUAAUUAAUAAAACUGCAUUAACAGUGCUUGUACAUAUUUGUAUAUAAGCCAUACAAAAC